CGCGAAAUGGAAGAGACAACGACGAUGACGGUAGGCGUGACGAAAGCGCUGACGUCCUUUAGCAUGCAACUGCGAUGUCCCAUCUGCUUGGAGUCCGUGACCGUUCCGUACUCAUUGCCAUGCAACCAUUGCUUCUGCGAACCAUGCAUUGGCAUGGCCCUCACUUACGCGCCAAAAUGUCCUGUCUGCAAAGCGUCGGCGAAGAAGCGGCAUUUGCGUCUGGACGAGUCGGUCCAACGAAUUCAAAACGCACUGCAAGUGUUGUUGGCUCGUGCUUCCGUGCAAGGACGUGAUGAAGACAAAGUAACGACAACUGCAGCCCUACGUGACCGUACUGAUGCAGCGAGCGACAAUCCACGUGCUGCUAACCCCCGUGUUCAACGUGUGCGGGUCGCCAGUACCAAGCUAUCGACCGCUCCAAUCGUGAAUCCAUUGAGACUUCAACGCACGCCCAUCCGUGGGGACCUCCCUCGAUACAAGAGUCCAACCAACCACCUCCGUCGUCGGCUCUCUCAAAAAGAAAACGUUCCUACGACUGCUCAUGAGAAUACCCCCCACAACACCAACCCCGUCAGUCCACUCCACCACAAGAACAGCGACGAAAUGACGACGUUGAAGAAGCAUUUCCCGCUAGUAGAACCCACCAAGGACAUGAACCCGUCGUCCACCACCGUCGACGUGUGCUUCUCACGGACCUACUCCGACUCGAUCGUCCCAUGCACUCAAGAAAGCUACCCGUCGAUCGUGGAUUUGGCAUCGAGCGUCCACACCACGCCGCCACAGAAACAUCGACCCCAUGACCAUGUCGAUGAUGCCUCAUCGUCGUCCGUUCAAGGCAUCGCCGCCGCCGCUUCCCUACAAUCCAAGCUUGCAGUCUUCAAACCUGGUGACGUGGUGCAAGUGAUGGCGCGGACGUGGCCUGGGAUCAACAAGUUGGGCGGCACUGCGUGGAUCUCUACUUGCAAUCCAGACGACAACACGUACAGCGUCCGGUAUGUCCUGGGGGGUCGUGAGCACAAUGUGCACGCGCAGUACAUUUCGAUCUUUCAGGACCUGGCGCAGGAAGCCACGCCCGUGCGCGGCGGCACCAAGCGGCGGGCGUCGUCGCCUCUGUUGCACACGCCGUCGUCACCGUUCUCGUCACCGACUCGACAACACGAUGACGAGACUCGUGACAACGCCCCCCGGCACUACCGAACGGCCUCCAACCCGUCGCGCAAAAAGACAAAAGCGUCAAUCAGUUUCCCCGAUGCACAUGCCCCCCUCCGUGUUUCCACCGACGAGCCCAUGGUGCUGCUGUGCUCGGGCCUGACUCAUGACGAGAAGCUCGCCGUGGAAGAGUGCGCCGUGCACGUGCUGGAUGCGACCAUCGUCCACGACUGGACGCCCCAAGUGACGCACAUCAUUGUGCAAUGCCAGCACCUGUCGGCAUCCAAACUGAAGCUGCGCAUGCCGCCGAGUCCGUCCGUCCACGCCGUGCCCGUCGCAAGUUCGUCCAAACAUGUCAAGCGAUGGGUCAAGAUUCGAUCGCUCAAGUUUCUCAAGGCGCUCGUGAGUGGGCGAUGGAUCGUCGGACCAGCGUGGAUCAAGGAAUGCCUGCUGCAGCGGACACAUGUGGACGAACAAGCGUACGAAGUGCACGGGUUGAUGAAAGCACACAACUUGCUGGACGUGGCGAGGAAGGCGCGGAAGUUGCGGGAAACUCACUUGGCUCGCCGCGGGGUAUGGAUGGAUACCUUACCGUUAUGUUGUUGAAGGCGGCAGGAUUGAUGGCAUAUGUAUCUGCAUAGAUGGAGAGCGCGGCGUCUGUCGGAACGGGACUGUUCUCGAAACUCAUUUUCUACGUCCACGGGCAAUUCGCAUCUCCGUUGCCGCCCAAAGCAGAAAUCAGCGCGCUCGUGCGGUUGGGAGGCGGGAAGGUGUCGACGUCGUGGACAGACGUCGAGGGCAUGGCAGCGAAGGACCCGUCGUUGCCGAUUGUGAUCGUGAUGGAGCAUGCUUCCGACGCCUCUUCCUUUGUCCACCCCGCCGCGUCGUCGGUCUCGCCAUCGUCGAUGGCGUGCGUGGGCUACGAAUGGGUCUUGGAUUGCAUCAGCGAGUGCACUGUGAAAUCGUUUGAAUGUAAAUAGUCGAACAAAUGUUAUAAUAAUCUUAUGAACUUGUUAUAUUUGUUUUAUAACAAAC